GUCGAGAUCUAAAUUUAGAACACAAACGGAACGAUCUGGAAAGUGGAAUAUCUUUCUCUUCAUUUUAGUUUCGAAAACACAGAGCUAUGGGGGUACAGAGACAAUAAAUGUAACGUAACCAACGUUUAUGGACCAGGGAGCGUCCUUUCUUCCAAAACUGUCCCCAGGUCUUUGUCAGGUAUCGUGGUGCAUCGUGGGGGGAGGAGAUGCUGCUUCACAGUGGUUUGGAUGCUAGGCACCUUGUGCAGAUGCUGGGGGAGGCCUUGAACAAAGAGCAGGAACAAUGGAAACCAGUCUCAUACAAAACAUCUUCAGAGGAGCUGGGUGGAGGGCAUAGAGAUGAGAAGGCAUCAUGGUUGGUGUUCCUCAACUCUAAGUUUCACUUCAUGCCAGAAACUUUCAACUUGGCUGUAUCCAUUCUGGACAGGUUCCUUCAACUUGUUAAGGUUCGCCCCAAGUAUCUGCACUGUGUGUCAGUCAGCUGUUUCUAUAUAGCUGCCAAAACACUGGAAGAAGAUGAGAUGAUCCCCAGCACCCUGGAUCUUGUGAGGCAAAGUGAGUGUGGCUGUUCCGUUUCGGAGGUUCUCCGUAUGGAAGCAAUAAUUCUCAACAAGCUUGGGUGGAACCCAAAGCAUGUCACAGCCAUCAACUUUCUUCACAUUAUCCAUGCCGUGUUGAUGAGACAUCACCCCCACCUGUUGGACAGUCUGAUACAGAUGACCCCCUCAAGUCACAUGACCAUUCUUACACGCAAACUGUUUGCGUGUCUAUGCUGCCACCAUCUGCUUACCUUCCGACCCGUGAGCCUCGUUUUGGCUCUUAUCAGUUUGGAAAUUGAGCAGAUAACGUCAGCAUGGCUGCCUAGCAUCAUUUUGCUGCAGAAGAUGACCAAGGUUGAUAGUCAAGAUCUCAUUCGUUGUCGAGAGGUUGUAGCCCAAUUCCUCGAGCAUCGCCGCCAAAGAGUCACUUCGUACAAGUUCAAGCCUGCGCCUGUGAGAAACAAGUCCAAGAAGCGCAAGGUGGCUCCUAGCAGCAGUGAUGAGGAAGAGGAGUUCUAUGAUGGAUUCAAGCGUCUUUACAACGAAGAAUCCUGCUCUUUUUGAUAAACCAAUGAGGGGCUCAUGUGGGUCAGAGAUGCACCAGGAUACUGAUGGAGAACUGUAUCCUCAAGUACAGACUAUCUGUGCAAAUUAGCAAUCAUAGAUACCUGUGCAAAUACACACAUAGUCUAUUUGUGCAAGGUUGUUUAUGGUGUUUGUGUGGAAGCUGAAACAUUCUUCACAAACUUCUUAGCAAAUGUUUUGGCAAGAAGAUGACACGAGCUGUCACAUACUUGACGAGCAAGUGAUGUGGAUGCUCAUUGUUAAUCUUCCUCUGCUGAACACCUGAAGUUUGCACAUUUAGUGUUGUCUUAGUUGUUGUCGAGGCAGAAAGUAUUCCUCUUUGUGUAACAUUAAUGGUCUUGUUCCAAGCACAGUUUAUUGACUAUUUUAUUACUGCAAGCAGUCUUGUAUGGUGGUUUAAUAUGUUUUACAGGUUUUAUGAUUAUCUUACCUCCAUCUUGAAAGCUUUAAUUUUAAUGCGUAAGGAGAUUUGGCAUAAUCUCAUACCAAUGUGAGAACAGUUUUAUUUUGAGUCUUUGAAAAUUGAAGUUGGUUGUUUUACAUUAGGUUAAGCCACCAUAUAAAAAAAUGUUCUAAUUUUCAUGUAUGCUAAAUCUGAACCUGACCACUGACAUAAUCACUAAAUAUCAGUAACCAACAGUGCAAGGUCAGUAAAAAUGAAACAAAUUCUUUGAAAAAGAAAAAAAAAGUACAAAGAAAGAAACACAUGAAAAAAGUCAAUUGUCUUUCAUUGUCAUUGUGUAUCUCGUACUAUAUUAGUCCUGUUGUUAAGUUGAAACUCUACUCGCUGUAGAAUAACAGACAUUCUUUGCUUUUGAAACAAACAAACGUUUAUGUGGGAAGCCAUGUUGCAUCAAAAGGCAGCAGAGAGUUUUGUGUCAACACCUGAGAUCCAUGGUGUUGUGGACCAGUCGAAGUAUUCAGUUGUAUAGGCUGUACAUAUUAUGCUUGAUGGACCCCAGAAAUGCUUGUUUUCAUAGGGAAAAGGACAUUCAGUGUUUGGCCAUAUAGUGUUGUAUAUAGUUUUGUUAUUGGUUUGGCCAUUUUACAUUAGGAAAAAAUAGUACUUGUUAUUAACAGAACUAUUUGUUGGCGAUGCAGAUACCUGAAGCAAAUUUACUGGCUAUCAGAUUAUCAUCAGCAGUUGGAUAAUCUAACAAGAAAAAUGUACAUACUAAUUAUCUGAAUAAUAUGUUGAUAUUUAUGAUACUCAUGGUCAUUUGUGACAUGAUCAAUGUCAAAUGAAUCCAUGACUUAAAAAUCCCAGUAAAACAAGCAUUUCUGUUGUCAAAAUAAUCUUAUAGUAAUAUAUUGUGAAAAGCUGUAAGUAUAGAAGCCAUUUUGAUACUUCAUGAACGGUUAAUGACUGAGCCUGAGUCAAACAAAAUGUAUAUGAUGGUGUCAUUGUAAUAUAUCAUGAGUGUGUGCACGACUAACAGAGCUCAACUCCGGUCCUGCUCAGGGUGAAGGUCAGGACUUGGGUUGUCAAUCAUUCUUGACUGGUCAGAAAAGUUCUCCUGGUGAGACUGCAAACCCAUGUGAUUCACAUCAACCUUGGGCAAUAUCAUCUAUUUAUUCCCCCUAAAACUCUGGCGAAGUUCCUUAUUUCUGAAAUUCCCCUAUGUACAUCAUGUAAAAUACCUUCAUUGCACUUUCCACAUUGUAAAUUUCAUCACAAUUCAUUUCAUUAUGUAAAAAAUAUCAGUUCAGCCUUUUUGAUAUUCUUCAUAAAUCAGUUUGCAACAUUGUACCUGUUAAGUAGUAGAUCCAACUGCAUACAAUCAAACUAGGGUACUGCAAGUUGAGCUGGCUGAAGCGAGUUGAGCUCUAGUUGGUUAUUCAAGACAGAACGAGUCCCAACUCCAGGAACAUCUUCAAGAACAAACUGUAUUGUCAUUUCUAUGGUGCUCUUGUGAUGAACAGUGAAACCUGCUUUAAAGUAAAGCUAACAGAAGUAAGUCUGCUUGGACACACCUGGUUUAUAGGACACAAUUCUGUGUGAGACACUGUGAAUGAACCUUGAAUGCUUGUGGUCUGUCAUCUACAUGUAGUUCACAUUGAUGUCUCAUUCACCAGGCAAGAGCUAGUUCUUUUGUUUUAUUUUAUAUCUACGUUAAAUCCUUUCUGCAGGGAAUGUUUGAGGUGAUGCUUUGGAGUGAAGUUUGGACUGAAUUUCUAAACUAAGACAUUGCCACUGUCAUCUUCACAUGCUGUUUAUUAAUCUUGAAAAAAAUCUUUUCUUUUUUUUUUGGUUUUAGUCUGAAGUCUUUUGUUAUCAUCUGGAGUUUCUUUUGUUUUUCUGUGUUGUUGAUUUAUCAUGUCAACAGUUAUAUUUGAGUUUAUUCCAUGUGUACCCAGUAUUUCUUAACACUGUUCUUUGUUAUGUUCACUUUGUCUGUUAUCUGAAGUUAGGCAGGUUUCACUGUAACUGAGAUUUCCGCAUCUAACCAGGUUUCCAUUGUAAGCAAUUUGGUUACAAUCUGUGGGCUGUAUCAGAAUGGAAGGAUGAGCUUGUGCCCCACCCUCCCCAGGUAAGGGGGGCGUUCAAUGGUGGCUGUAUGGUGUCUGAUGUCAAGCAUGAAUGAUCUGCUGUACCAACAGCAUGGCGAGAUUAAAUGACAUCAAAACUA